UUGUAAUAAGACAGACGUAAACUCAUCCUUUGUACUCACCUUUAUAUUUUGGUAUUCUGGCUUUUACUACAAACUCAACUUUUCGCACCAAACAAAAAAAGACAUAACUAUGAGAAUCCUCCCUAGGACAGAGAACUACGAAACCGAGUUUGAAGAGCUAAGAUUGUCCAUUGAUGUCUCCACCGCGACUAAAGGAAGAAAACAAGAAGAUGAAAAAUGGUUCAAACGGUCAGAAAAAAACAUUUACGACUACGAUCUUGAUCAAGACAAUGCAAAGAUUGUAUGUAUAACGGACGGUCUCACAUUUUUCGGUCGAACCAUUGUAGAACGGCUCUUGCUCCAUGGCUACACCGUUCGUGUCAUCGUCAAUACGCCAGAUGACCUUGAGAGAGUUAGGGCGAUGAAGGAUGAGACAGCUAAGUUUCACGGAAGAAUAGAAGAAGUGUCGGCCAAGUUAACAGAAACAGAGAGCUUGGUUGAUGCAUUUGAUGGGUGUUACGGCGUUUUUCACACUUCCGGUUUCAUAGAUCCCUCCGGUGUCUCUGGCUACUCCAAAUAUAUGGUCGAGAUAGAAGCAAAAGUUAGUGAGAACGUGAUGAACGCAUGUACAAUGACACAAUCAGUGAGGAGAUGCCUCAUGACUUCUUCCUUAUUAGCUUGCCUAUGGCAAAACAGCACACAGUUGGGUCGUCGUUCUGUGAUUGAUCACUCUAGCUGGAGCGACGAGUCUCUAUGCAAGGACAAAAAAUUGUGGUAUGCAUUAGGGAAGCUCAAAGCAGAAAAAAUUGCAUGGAAAAUAGCAGAAGAUAAAGGAUUCAAACUCUCAACAAUAUGUGCAGCUCUUGUCACGUCCCUUAACAUACUUCACCACAAUCCUACCCCUACAAUUGCUUAUCUUAAAGGAGGCGAGGAGAUGUAUGGAAAUGGUGUACUAGCAACCGUGGAUGUAAACACACUUGCAAAAGUACAUGUGAAGGUGUACGAGGAAAUGAAUAAGGCCUCGUUUGGAAGGUAUGUUUGCUUCGACAAGGUUAUAACAGGAGAAUAUGAAGCAGUUGAAUUGGCAAAUGAAACAUCGAUUAGUCUAGAAAGGAUUCGAGGGGACAAGUAUGACUUUUGCGAGAAGGACCUUACCAAACCGUUUUGCUUGUCGAACAGAAGACUUUCUUCUCUAAUGUCCACUACAUACCCGAUUAGUUGUCUUGAAUCUUGAUUAUGUUUGCAUGUAUAUUCCCUAAUGUCCACUACAUCACUGAUGUCCACUACAUCACUGAUAUAUUCCUUUUCUUUCAUUUAAAUUAUGGGUUUAAUAAAAGCAAUAAUACAUCAUUUAUACAAGACCAAGCAGAAGAAUUGGCAAAUAAAACAGUGGUUGACUACAGUAGAUUCGGGGGAACAAUAAUUACUAUUGAUACAGGACCAUUUAAAACAGUUUUGCUUGUCUAACAUAAGACUUUUUAAAUUCUGACUAUCUCAUGUUAACCAAUAUUUUCUAGUGUAACAAACUUAACAAGGUUGGGUAAUAAAAGAAUCAUUUUUGAAAAACUUCUCAUGAUUAUUGUUUUCGAAGACUUCUUCCUAAGGAAUGGACAUCACCAAUCUAGUUGUCUUGAAUCUUGAUUUGCUGAUGUACAUUUUGAUAAGUUGAGCAACGUGCACACUUCCCACAAUGCUUAUCAACACUUAUCAACCCAGUGGACUAAACAAUCUCUAUAUGAUCGACCAACUCAACCAAUUCCAUCAUAUAUGAGACAAGCACGACAACAGCUCAACAGAUUGAGUUGGUGGAGGCAGAGCAUACUGGUCAGCAGAAAACAUUUGAUGACAGCAGGCUAAUUUGAACAUAAGUUAUAUAAGUGAUAUAUGACAUUAGCAAACAAAACAAUGAAAAACAAAGACUUAGAAGAGGGUAAUGCUCAUAUUCUAUGGGUGUAAUGUGAGUCUAUCAAGCCAACGGCUUUCAGUACGAGGAAUUACUUUUACAAUCAUCGCAUCCAACCCAAUUCAAAUCCAACUUGUCUACUAAAAACCAUAAGUAGACUACAAAAGCAAGGAAAUUGUAAUGGAAGGCUCAGAGUAUUGCAUAAUAUGCUCAAAGAAGAGGCUAUCAAACUCUUCUCAUACAAGAGGUGUCAGAAAUUUAAGCAUUAAUCAUCCUCGCCACAACCAGUACAAUCAUAUUCAGAAACACCAAAACAACAUCAAUCUAACAAAUGGGUAUUACUCUAUAAUGAAACUCAAACAAAUCUCAGCUAAAAGCAUGAAUAUUGAUUAAUAAAAACCAAUCCUUUCUACUUAAAGUAUAAGAUAUCAAUGCAAACAGUUCCUAACCAAACAAACACAGAUUCAAUACACAAAACCAAAGAGUAUCAAUGUAACAAAUGGUCAUUACUCUAAAACUCACACAAAUCACAGCUAAAAGCAUGAAUCUUGAUUAAUAAAAACCAAUCCUUUCUACUAAAAGUAUAACAUAUCAAUGCUAACAGUUCCUAACCAAACUAACACAGAUUCAAUAUACAAAACCAAAGAGUAAAUAAUGGAUUUUGAAGAAGAGGGUGAGUGCUCAUAUUCUAUGGGUGUAAUGUGAGUCUAUCAAGCCAUUAGCUUUCAGUACGAGGAAUUACUUUUACAAUCAUCACACUCAAAAACCCAAUUCAAAAUCCAAAAAAAUAACACAACUUGGAAAUAAAAAGAUGAAAUUUUUUGGUAGAUGGCUCAGAGUGUAGCGUAAUUUGCUCAAAAAAGAGGCUAUCAAACUCUUCUCAUACAAGAGGUGUCAGAAAUUUAAGCAUUGAUCAUCCUCGCCAUCUACGAAACACUAACUAAAAAACAAUCACAGAGACCAUAAACCCUAAACCUAAUCAGCAAGAGAACAAAGAAUAAAAACGAGAAGCGGCGGAGAGAGAUGCGUAAGAAAGAAACUAGGGUUUUUGUUAA